ACGGCUGCCUCAGGGGUUCAAAAAUUCGCCCACCAUCUUCAACGAGGCACUACACGAGGACCUGGGUGAGUACAGAACGGAGCACCCUGGCCUCACCCUCCUAUAGUACGUAGAUGACAUCCUGAUUGCUGCUGACAAGGCCAAAGACUGUGAGCGAGGGACCCGGGACCUGCUGGCUACCCUGGGGGCCUUAGGGUACCGGGCAUCCGCGAAAAAGGCUCAGAUAUGCAGGGAGAGGAUUCACCAACAGGACACCAAAAUAGAGCAAGUUGUAUCUGCCUGCAAGACCUGCCAACUCACCAGUGCGAGAGCCACAUCAAAUAAAAAAAAGGAACCAGGCUCAGAGGCACCAGACCGGGAGCCCAAUGGAAGGUUGACUUCACUGACGUUAAACCAGGAAAGUAUGGUUAUAAAUAUCUUUCAGUAUUUACAGACACCUUCUCUGGCUGGGUGGAGGCAUACCCUACCAAGCAUGAAACGGCUCAGAUGGUGGCUAAGAAGCUACUAGAAGACAUCUUACCCAGGUAUGGUUUACCUGCCACGAUAGUAUCAGACAAUGGACCAGCUUUUAUCUCACAGGUAACGCAGGCAGUAGGCAAGGCGGUGGGGGCAAACUGGAAAUUACAUUGUGCUUAUAGGCCCCAGAGCUCAGGACAGGUAGAAAGAAUGAAUAGAACCCUAAAAGAGACCCUUACCAAAUUAACCAUGGAGACUGGCGGGGACUGGGUGACUCUCCUACCAUAUGCCCUUUACCGGGUUAGGAACACUCCUUACACCUUGGGUUUUACUCCCUACAAGAUCAUGUUUGGCAGGUCACCCCCUCUUAUUCCCAACCUUCGAGCUGAACGUCUUGCUGAGUUUAAAGAUCAAGAACUUUUUCUUUCCUUGAGAGGGCUCCAGAGGGCGCACGAGGACGUUUGGCUGCGCCUCCGUGUCAUCUAUGAGGCUGGCCCGACCCCGACACCUCAUCAGUACAGGCCGGGAGACUGGGUCUACGUCAAGAGGCACCACCGAGAGACCCUCAAGCCGUGCUGGAAGGGACCCUACAUAGUGGUGCUGACAACCCCCACCACUCUCAAAGUAGACGACAUUGCGACCUGGGUCCAUCACACCCACGUUCGGCCAGCGGACCCCUCCUCGAUCCGGAAGGACUUCGUCACGUGAUGGGCCGUCAGUUGGGACCAACACAACCAGCUCAAGCUAUAGCGCAUUUGACCCACCUGAUAUUGGUAACUCUGUUAACUCUGCUUGUCAUUGCUCAUGCUGCCAGGAGUCCCCACGCUCCCCAAAACAUCACCUGGCAGAUCAUAGACACCAGCUCGGGGACAAUACUUAAUCAGACCUCCCAGAGCCACCCCAGGGACACUUGGUUCCCAGAACUUUGCAUAAACCUCCAAACUCUGUUCCCCUUGUCACCAUAAAUGCAGCCAGUCCCAUGAUUGGGUCAGUAAGCUACAUGACAAGGGGGGAAUGAAAGGGCGGGCCUAAGCCGGCCUACUCCAUCUUGUUCUGUGUCCUUCACCUUGACCACGCCUCCUCCCCUUGAGUAACCUCCCGGUCACCUGCCUAACAGGACUCCGACCCUUCCCCAGCCAAUCGGCUGAGGCCACAGCCAUUACGUGACCAACUGCCCCUAGGCCCCAAUAAAACCUUUGUCCUUUUUGAAACUCGCUCUCUCUCCCUGGUAUCUCACCGCUGCAUCGGUGCAGGUAGGGGACUGAGCUCGAGUUAGCUCGAAUAAAGGCUCUUUGCUUUUGCAUCG